AAGAAUUUGAUAGAAAUAAAGUAGAUAGAUUAUGUAGUCUACCUGAUAGCAAAAAAGUGCAUGAUAUACAUGAAGAAUUAGGGAAAAGAGAAGCUUCACAUAAAAUUGCAGAGUUAUUAAGUUUACAGUAUGGGUCAAUAAGUGUGACAGUAGUUGCACACAAAAAGAGACUUAUAAUAGAUUGGAGUAAUAGACUAGAAAGACUGCGAGCUCGAAAGCAAAAACAGCAAAAAAAGAAGGUUCAGAGUCAACAAGUACUGCCCCUAACGACCAAAAGAAAAAUUCCAGCCAAGCAAGAUCUUAAUAAAAAUGAAGGUGUUAGUAGUUUAGUGAAAGGCAAGAUUGAUGUACUUUCAGUUAAAUAUAGAAAAGUUUCAAAACAUUGGUCUAAUGUUAGAAAAACAGUACAAGUAGAACAAGAAGAGCAAGAAAGACUGACCAAAAACAGAGAAGCAAGAAGAGCAGAAUUUCUACAAGAAAAUACAAAUGAAUAG